AUGCACGAAAUCUCGUUUUUGGGGCACAAAAUCUCAGCAAAUGGAGUAGCCCCAGAACCUGAUAAAAUACAAUCCAUUCAACAGUGGCCGCAACCCACUUCUUUUACCACCCUUCGUGCCUACCUGAAAUUAACAGGAUACUACCGUCGUUUUGUCCCCUUCUAUGCCAAAAUCGAUGCACCCUUGACUAACAUCCUCAAACUCAAAACCUUUGAGUGGUCCACGUCAACACAGGAAGCCUUUCAACAAAUCAAGUCAGCAAUGCAAGACCUAAUCAUGUUAUCCCUACCAGACUUCGAAUCACAAUUUGAUGUCACGACAGAUGCAUCCGGAAUGGCCAUUGGUGCGGUGCUUUCUCAAAACAACAGACCCAUAUCCUUCUUCAGCAAGAAACUAUGUACUGCCGUGCAGGACCAAUCCAAGUCCACUAAAGAGAUAGGCAAUCUUACAAACCAGAACCGACCACAAGGGAAACAAAGAAAUACUCAUCAAAUGGGGGAAAACAAACCAAUGGAAGAUGCAACAUGGGAAAGCUACACGAAAAAACAUAAACAAUUCCCAUUUUCACCAACAUUGAGGACAAUGUAUUGCUUCUCAGGAUGGGGUGAUGUUAUGAGCCCAAUGUCUCAGCCCACUGCAGCUAAUCCAGUAAGCUACCAAAGACCUAAAAGGAUCACCAAGAGCCCAACAUGUUUUGAAGAUUGA